AUGAAUGGAAACGGAGAAUCCACGUCUAAUAGCAAAAAGUUUGCGCCAGUACCAAUGUCAGCACUUCUGGCCAAUUUGAUGUCACACCAAACUGAUGCUUUGGACUCCAGUUUUACCACGGAUGAAAGUUCGAAUGAAGAAGAUGAUUCUUUAAUUUGUGAAACUUUACCUAAAAAUAAAUCAUUACAUACUCAAAUAGGCAAUCAAAAUUCCACUCCUCAGUGUAAUAUAUCUAAAAGUAUUAAGAGCUUUUCGUCGGAAAGAAAAUUGUCUAACGCUAAUAAAGAAAAUGUAAUUAUUUCACACCAAGGCCGAAGAAUUAAAGAAUCACAAAGUGCUCGCAAACCUCCCAAAUGCUAUUUAAGCCCUAUCGAUGAUGUUAGUGCAGAGAAGAAAAAAUCGAAUGAAGUUUUGCUGCCUCUUAAUACCAAUAGUAAAAUACCGCAAAGUGACCCUCAUUCUACCCAUAAAAGGACUCCUGAAAUGUUUAAAUCUCAAAAUAGUAUGAGAAAAGCAAAAGUUGCUACUCCUGUAAUAAAGUCUGGUAUAAGAAAAUUUACCCCAGGUUCAGCUAAACAUAGUCAAAAAAAAGCUACACUUCCACAAGUUUUACAAAACAGGGAUAAAGUAAGAUGUGAGUUAUUUAGGCAGAAGCAGGUUGAUCCUCCACCUCCUGACCCACCUGUACCAAUGCCAGCGCCUGUUACAACAUCAGUUCCUGAAACACCUAUUAAUAAAAAGCCAAUGUCUGCAUCUUAUGCGGCAACCCCAUCCUAUCCACAAGGUGUGAUUGGAAACAAUGGUACAAAUAAUUCGAAAAUACUAUUUAAAACAAUACGUAUAAAAGACAAGAAAUACAUGUUUGUAAAAAAGUUGGGAACUGGUGGAUCCAGUGAAGUUUACAAGGUUUUAGAGGUAGGCACUUCAUGUGAAUAUGCUGUUAAGUGUGUGAAUCUUGCAAUGGACCAUGAUAUGGCUCAAGGCUACAUCAAUGAAGUGAGACUGCUCCGAGAGCUUCAAAACUCAGAUAGAGUUAUAAAAUUAUAUGACUAUGAGUAUGAUAGACAGAACCAAUUCCUCCGUAUGGUACUUGAAGCAGGUGAGACAGAUCUAUCAUCAUUUCUACGAGCUCGGGGUACAGGCCUGCCCCCAGCUCUGGUCCUGCACUAUUGGGAGGAAAUGUUACAUGCUGUACAUUAUAUACAUGAAAAUGGUGUUAUCCAUGCGGACUUAAAGCCAGCAAAUUUUCUAUUAGUAUGUGGACAGCUGAAAUUAAUUGACUUUGGUAUUGCAUCUGCUAUAAGUGGUGACGCGACAAGUGUUGUACGGGCACAAGCGGCCGGGACCUAUUCUUAUAUUAGUCCCGAAGCACUCAUGGGAGGUGCAGGGGGAUAUAAUAAUAGUGCUAAUAUUAAGAUCUCAUUUAAGUCAGACGUGUGGUCACUGGGCUGUAUACUAUACAGUAUGGUGUACGGUCGGACGCCUUUUGGUCAUAUACCCAACUUGGCCAAGUUAGCAGCCAUACUUGACCCUAAUCAUCGCAUUGAAUAUUCGCCAGCUGAACAUCUGCCGUCAUCACUUAUAUCAGCGCUAAAAUGGUGCCUUACGUACAACUCCCGGGCACGACCUUCCGUGCGAGAUCUAUUGGCAAUACGACAUUUGCAGCCCCAUGGAAGACCUCUGCCUGACCAUUUGAUAGACAGGGUCAAAGCUCAUGUCAGCCCUGAAGAACUCCAGCUUCUCCAGCAAGCUAGAUUGUAA